AUGCCUCCAAAAGGUCAACGUCCACAAUAUCAGCGAGGUGAGGAGGUCAAGUACGUUGGCGAUGCCAAUAACGAUGCGUUCAAGGCUCGACCUGUCAACAGUAAAAAGAGAUCAAUCAAGCCUCAACCUUCGAUUGAGACAGAUCCCAUCGAAAUAGGUUCUGAAGAUGAGCCACUCCAUACCCCCAAAAAGUCUCGUCCAAAUCCACACAAAUCAACUGCAAGAUCCCGGGCUGCUAAACAAGAAGAAAGACCUGCAGAAUCUAGGCAAGAAUCAGAAAUAAGCUUCUCUCCAGAAGUCAUCGUCUGCCCCAUCCAAAGACCCAAAAAGCUGUUCUCGCCUUUCGCAGAUGAAGAUGCCGAUGUAUACAUCGUACUCUGUCAAAAUGAUCUCAAGCAUAUCUACCGGAUUCACUCGCAAAUGUUGAUGCAUGCAUCAUCGUGGUUUCGAAGUGAACUACAAAAAGACUUUAUCAAUGAGGUGGAUCAAACAGUAGCAGAAAUCGCUACUCGCGACACUGGCAUCAAAUAUAGAUUCGAACUCAGAUAUUCUGCUCAACUCAAACACUACACAUUGAUGCGUGUGGGACUCACAAUGUACAAGCCAGUGGAGCAGCCUCAAGGGAUCGUUACCAGGACUUCCUCCACACUUGGAUCUAAUGGGCAAUCAUUCCUCCGUAAUGGUGCUACUCACGGUCAUCAUUCAUCAGUAACUAUUCCACAAUACGAUGGUUCAUUUGACGAGGUUGAAUCGGAAAACAGGGUUGGUAGCUUUGACUCAGGUCCUCAUAUUAAUGUCGCAGGUUCCACGCCAUUGAUAGGAAGUCUGCAACCACUUCUUCAGAACCUCAGCAACGGUUGCCAAGGAGAGGAAAGUAGCAUCAAGUCAGAAGAGGAUACGUCGAUUCAAUUAGAUAGCGCCGAGCUUGAUCCGCCAAUGCAGAGAACUGCGACGGAGCAAGUCGCUACACUACCUUCCAGUCCCAUCAAGUCAGAAGCAGGAACUGACACAACCCACCCAACUAUUCAAGAUGAUCAGGUUAGCACCAACUCCCAGACGACUCUUGAAGAACAGAACACCACACCACUUGCGACUCCUAUCAAAGCAGAGGUCGGACCCGAGGAACAAAUGUUUUCACCGAUCGUUCCAAUUGCACUACAGUCGGCAGAAAGACAACUUGAGAAUCUUGACAAUCUUGACAAUGCAGAGAUCAAAUUUGAUGAACUACAUCUACCAGAAAUUCACCAAGAUCGUUUAUCUCCAAAUCGCCAAGUUUCGCUCGAGGAACAACUUCAGAUUGAUAUCUCCACGGAAAACCCCACAGAACCGGAAGUCAAAUUUGAGGAGCCACAGCAAACUAUAAGUUUGUUUCCACAAACACCUUCUAGUGUUGAAGUUUCGUCUGCAAGUCAAUUUGAGGAGCCACAGCAAGCAACAGGCUUAUUUCCUCAGACACCUUCUAGUGCCGAAGUUUCGUCUGGAAGUCAAGUUGAGGAGCCACAGCAAGCAACAAGUUUGUUUCCACAAAUACCUUCUAAUGUUGAAGUUUCGUCUGGAUCUGGAAGUCAAGUUGAGAUUUCUGCCGAGGCAAACUUGACCGUCGAAGAACCACAACCACAACAAGCAGCAGUACUCUCUCCACAAAUAUCUUUGGGUACUCAAAUCAUGCCGAAAGAACAUGUCGAUGUCGAGGUACCUACCCACGCAAAGUUGCCGGUUGAAGAAGAACCGCAAGCCAAGCUCAAUCCCAUUAUCGAAGUACCUUCUUCUGAUAAUCAUAAUCAUAUUAUUACAAAGACAGUGGCAUCUACCACCGCAGAACCCAGCAACAAUACACCUCACCAAAAGCCAGCAAAUCAACAAGCUCUACUCGUGCAUCCCGAUAUCCUCGAAGCAUAUCACUCGCUCUUCCUCUGUUACCGCAGCUUCGCUCCCACCAUUUCCACGACUGAUCUGUCUACUGCGACCAAACAGUCAUCUCGAUUAGUCAAGAUAGCUACUCUCUACGGCUCCGCAAAACUAGUGCGACCCCACAUUAUCGCCUCUCUAUUCUCCCAUGGCCGGCACUUAUACACAUCGAUUCGGCGCGACGCUCCUCGCUUUCUCGUGCUUGCGUCUAAGCUACAAAAUGCUCUUAUCUUCAAGGAAGCCCUAAUUCAUAUUGUAGGACAAGCACCGUCGUGGCCAUGGCCUACUGCCAAAGAAUGGGUUGAGUCUGCACUUGGCGACAUCAUUGACCGUAAAAUCUACGAGCUGCAGCUGAAAAGAAUGCAGGCCAACGACUUACUUUUCCAAAGCUGUCUCGCUCACCACGGCAUUCGAAUCAGCAUCAAUAAUUUGGACCCGACCACUUUUGACAUAUGGAUCAUUGUACAAAUCUGGCACGAUUGGUUCUCGCAACAGCUGCGCCAUUGUGCGCAUGUUCGACGCGACGAACAGAGAAGCGUAGAGCUAAAUAUGUAUAGCCUGAUGGCGCAAGGCGGAGAAGCUUAUCUUAAGAUCGACGAUGUAAUGGCGAUGGUGGAGCCAUACAAGGCAACUCUGGAGGCUAGAGCGUGGGGCAAUUGGGAGAAGAGCCAGGUUGAGAAGGAGAUGAAUAUUAUGAAGGGAUAUGCUGCGAAGACAGUCAAAGAGCUGAUGAUCAAUGAGUUGACGGGUGAUGUCAGCAAGAAUGGCGAUGGCGCGGUCGAAUACCUUACUUGCACUAAGGUUGGAGAGUAUGAGUUGCCGUGGGUUGCGAUUACUCGGAUUGUUGAUGAUGAGAAUUGA